AUGCCAUAUAGCCCGCAGCAAAUUGAUGAUGCUAAUCUUGCCUAUUGGUAUGAUGAACAACAACAUGCGGGAAGAAUAUACUACCGCCUGAAGAACAAUGGUCCAGUAGACUUUCCGCAGACUUUCUGGGCAGACGAACGUCAUGGCCCUCUACAGAGACAGGCACAGCAAGCAUCUACAGCUGUUGUACAGUCCAGCUCAACCACCGACACGCCCAACCCUGCGUUAGCUGGCGCUGGUCCAUCCGGCAACGUUCCGACCGUAAUCCCCGCCAUAGCAAGCACUAGCGCCACAUCCGCGAGUAUCAGCCAUAUCGUUGCGCUCGACGAUCGAAACAUAGAGCAUUUUCAGGAUAACACUUCGGUGUUUCAGAGGAUCCGCGUGACCAUUCAUACUACUGGAGCAUGGCCGAACUCGGCCCACAGCGACAAUCACGUCACUAUCCUCUUGAUCCUAACAAUGGGUGGUGCAGUCCAAGUCGAUAUGAGAACUGAUGAAGAUGACAGAAGAGGACAGCUUCAAUGGAAACUAGUAAAUUAUCAGCAGUCGCAAUCGGAGAUCAAGCAUUUCGAUUACGACCUUGGAGCGCCGGUGCAGGUUCGCACUCUGUAUCGGGCAAUCCGAAACGAAUGGCAUCUCCAUCAGUAUCUCUUUUCCUCAGGCGGUUCUGGCUGCCAUUUUUGGAACUAUAUGCUCCUGUAUAAAAUGGCACAGGACCCGAAUAGAUUCUUCUUAAACUCUGAGGUUCCAGCCCAUGCUUGGGCAGUUUUUGGGAAGUGGUAUUCACGUUCGGGGGCUGAAAGAGAAAAUCAUCCUAUCCGGCAAGGAGAUUUUCUAAGCUAUACGCAGUGGUGGAAUGACUGGUUCGGCAAGGACGAAGAAGAAGAGAAGGACUAA